AUGGGAAACUACGACAGCGCUGAAACAUGUGAACUCGUGGGAAGCUUUCUGCUCUCCCAACUCCAGGAUCUUAAUAUAAACGUAGGACUUUACCGAGACGACGGACUGGCCAUCACUAACGCCACACCUAGAGACACAGAGAACAUCAAGAAAGAAAUAUAUCGCAUCUUUAAUAAUAACGGUCUACGCAUCACCAUAGAAGCAAACAAACAAAUAAUCAACUUCCUAGACGUCACAUUUAACCUUAACCGAAGUUUUGCCACAUUUGUCAACUUUUUUAUCAUAUUCAUUCCCGAUUUUAGAACUAGUAUUUAUAACAUGGCAGAAGAAGCCCUACGAUCGACAAGUCCUAAAGCAAAUUUCCAUCGCCUGGCACGAUUACUGAUGCGUGGCGGUGUGAAUCUUUUGCGUGAGACAUUUGACUCCAUUCACUCGCCAGCUGAUCUCCCUUUGAGACUCGCUCAUCCUGCCAUGCCGGCACAGCUGAGAGGAGCACGACUUACCCAGCCAGAGAUGGUUUGUCUGUACCCAUCCCCAGGGGUGUAUGGCGAGUCCAACGAUUUUGACAUCACAUUAAUCUUCAAGUUAUUCAGAACAAUUUGCGGCCUGAUCCCUCCCGCUGGACCGAGAGGAUGGGAUGAUUUACCAAACGACUCAGACCACACUCUGGUGGCAGAUUUAGUGCGAAUAAAAUAUUAUCGAAAUGAGAUUUAUCACAAUCCCACUAUGGAAAUAUCUGACAUCGAUUUUAUUCCUCUCUGGAAGAAAAUUAGUGAGGCUCUGUUAAGAAUUGCGACAAAUAUUAGUCCUGCAAAGAGAGAGGAGUGGGAGAAGUCCAUUUAUGAUCUUCUUCGUAAUCCUUUGACGCCAGAUGAGGAACGAUGCAUUAAAGAGCUAGAGACCUGGUAUAAGCAAGAUAUGGAUGUUAAAGAUGAAUUGGUGGAUGUUAAAGAUGAAUUGGUAAAGCUUAGAGAGGAACUGAAGUCUCGACAACCCGCGUUCGUAGUCAUACAGAUGAACGUAGCUGAAUAUCAUCAAGCCGCUGGAUCCGAACCGACUUUCCUUGCACCCAAUCUACUAUUACCUCAGAUGGAACAAGCAGCGGGAGCUGAUGACCCUGAACCAGAUAAUCCACCAGACAUAACUGUUUGGAACGUAAUUUUAUCAUUUAAAGAAUCAGUUGAUUUAUUCUUACGAUACUUAUGGUAUAAACUUCGUCUUCGAGUGCGUAACAACGAGGUAGGGAGCUGGCAUAUAACAGUUGAAUGCAGUUCAUUGCAAGUCCUUGAAGGAGUGUGGGAAGAUUAUCGCAGUGGUCAUCUUAAUUCAGUUGCCCAGGAAAUGCUGAUAACACCACAGGUUUUGGCGAAACUUGGUCUCACUGAGCUGAAGCUGAAGACCUUUAUUUCCGAGGAUCAGUAUCAGAAAGGGAAAAAGCUGUUAGAGGCGAGCUCAGGUGAUUAUUGCGAGCUUGCCAACAUUGAAGUCAAAGCUUUUUAA